UUCUUAGAGCCGCUCCACACAGCAUCCCCACUGCAGAACAGGAAGGACCUCGGCCGAACCGACCGCCGGAAGCUGCUCGUGCGGAAGGCGGGCAGCGGCCCCAGCAACGCCACCUCUCCGCCCUGCCCCGCCCCGCCCGGCAGCGCUGGCGGGCUCCCUGCGGCCCUGCUCCGGCGUCCGCCGGGUCCCGGCAACACCGCGGCCCGCGCAUGUCGUCACCGAGCCGCGCCGAGAGCCAGAGUCACCGCUCGUGCGCUUGCGCCGCUCGUCGACGGUCGGGGCGCGCCGGGGAGCGGCCUCGCUCCGGUCCCCACCGGGCGGCGAGGAGCAGGAUGUUGGGGCGCUGGGCAGAGACUCUGCAAGUGAAUGAGAACUUCUUUCUACGGAACUGAGGUGAAGAGCUUCACCAUGGGUCAACAAAUUUCAAAUCACACACAGACUGUAAUUAACAAGUUACCAGAAAAAGUAGCAAAGCAUGCCGCUUUGGUUCAAGAAAGUGGUUUCCUAACGUAUGAAGAGUUUCUGGGAAGAGUAGCUGAACUUAAUGAUGUUACUGCAAAAUUGGCUUCUGGACAAGACAAACAUCUCUUAUUUGAAGUACAGCCUGGUUCUGAUUCUUCUGCUUUCUGGAAGGUGAUCGUUCGGAUAAUAUGUACUAAAAUAAACAAAACAACUGGUAUUGUGGAAGCUUCCAGAAUCUUGAACCUGUAUCAGUUCGUCCAACUAUACAAAGACAUUACAAGUCAAGCAGCAGGAGUUCUUGCGCAGAGUGGUACUUCUGAAGAAACUGCUGAGAGCUUGAUGUCUGUGUCAUCCUGUCAGGCCAGCUUCUGGAUGGGAAGGGUUAAACAGUUGACAGAUGAAGAGGAGUGUUGCAUCUGCAUGGAUGGACGUGCUGAUUUAAUCUUGCCAUGUGCUCACAGUUUCUGUCAGAAAUGCAUUGAUAAAUGGAGUGAUCGUCACAGAAGCUGUCCUGUUUGCCGUCGGCAAGUGACUGGGGCAAGUGAUUCUUGGGUGGUCUCAGAUGCACCUACAGAAGAUGAUGUUGCUACUUACAUACUUAACAUGGUUGAUGAGGCGGGCCAGCCUCACAGACCCUGACACUGGCCAACAAGCUGAUGAUAGCAGAAGCACUUGAAGCUUUCUUUUCCAUGAACAUCUCUUUUUACCUCUUGCUGCCAUUUUCCAACAGUCUUUCUGUUCUUGGUUGCUGUGAAUCUACACUGCUCUUUUGAAACAGGGGGUGUAUGGGUUAGUGUAUGUGUGUGUGGUCUUAAUUAUUCAUCUACACUUCCAGUAAGAUCUUUGAUCAUUAACAGUUUAUUACAACAACGACUUUUGAUAUUAACAUUUCAACUACUAGAUGAAGCAAUUUAUAACAGCACAACUAUGACUGCUGACUGCUGUUUGAACAUCACAGUGUACUGCUACAGAAGAUGAAUCAUGUCAGAUGGCUUGACCUCACAGUUCUUAUCCUUAAAAGCACUCCUUUUAGUUUCAUAACAAGUAUGAAUAAAGAUGAUGAGUUAGCACUACUGAUUAUUAAUUUUAUUUUUUACUACUUAAACUUGAAGGUGUCUCACUGCCUGUACUUUGGUAGCUGGUUAUUGCUGCUUUUAGUGUUUACAGAUACUGAUUUCAGUCCAAUCUGAGUUUUAGUAUUGUUUUAAAUCUGUUUUGGAGAGUGUAGGCAGCUCUGUAAAUGUACUUGUGCACUUCCUUUUAUUCUAACACAAUUGUUUCUUAGAAUGGUUUUUAAAAAUAUGAUAUUUAGCAUAGUUGUCUUACUCUAGACACAUUAAACACUGUCAUACACAGUUCUAAAAAAAGUAAAUCAAUUUCUUUGUAGUUUUUUUUGAUCAAGAGCAGCCACAGUUAUUUUUAAACAUUAGGCAUAUCUGAAGAGAAUUACUUUAUUUGAAUUAGCAGUUAAAGUGUGCAUUAGUCUGAUGCUAUGGUUUUGUCUUCUUCUCUUGAGUUUUUGAAGUGAUGAAAUCAGUUGUAAGGUAUAUUAAGCAUUACAUACAGUGAUAAGUAAGGGUGCUGUGCUUUAUAUCUGUAAGUGCAAUAUGUUUUCAUGUAGCAGAGAAAAACUAAUGCUGCUUGCAGUGAGAUGUGCAUGUGACAGCUUGGCAAAAAGGGGUCUCACGACAAGUGCAACAGUAUAUUUCUGUGUUAGCAGAGUAAAAUCUUUAAAGAGCUGAGUUUAGACAGUCUAAAAUAAAUUGUUAGUAUUCAGGAAACCCAUUUUAAGCCUCUUUUGCAUAAAUAGUGUUAUGGAAAUUAAGUGCUAUUGUAGAAAGUUUGGGGUUUUUUUUAGUCUAUAUUAAAUACUGCUGUUUUAAUUUGAGACUAUUGAUAAAUACUCCUGUGUAGCAUUUGAGGAAUUAUCAGCACACAUUCUGAUUAGUGUAAGACUGCAUUUUAAAUUGCCAUGCUUGUUAAAAUUCAAGGAUGCCAUAAGGUUAUGGCCUUUUAUCACAGAGAGGUUCAGAACUAAAAGGCAUAUGCAUGCUUAGAUUUAGCAUAAUGGGGUUGUUUUUAUCGAUUGGCUACAAGAAAAAUUUAAUUACAUUGGAAAACAGAUCUUGGGAAUUUCUCUAUUAUACUUCUAUUUCUUAAGGAACAUGCAUAGCAUAUGGCACUCAUUGGAGCUUGGCUUUAUGACACAGUUGUCAAAUUUGUCAUAGACAUUAAAAUAGAUGAGCAAGGUGCUCUUCUUGUGUUUAUCAUCUAAAAGUCAUUAUGGCUUAUUGUGUAAAUCUGUAUCCAUUGAAAAAAUCCACUUAUGAAUGUAUAUAACUUAGAACUAUUUUUUCCCCUUUGUUUAUCCUUUGAUAUCAACGAGAUAUUCUUCAGAAAAUGUAUGGACUGUUUGGUUGCAUAAAGGCUGUCAGUAUUCAGGUUGAAAACUAAGGAAUUUUCCACUAAAUCAUUUGCAAGUAUUUGUGAUCACAAACUUGUUUGAUUUCUUUUUGCUGUUUGAGCUUGCAUUGGUCCAUGUUCAGAACUUAAACCUCUGAAUUUUUUAGACUUUUUUAUAUAACUGGAACAGAAAUAGUGUCUAAAUUAAAGCUGCAAGCUAACUUUAUUUUUCAAGUAUUUCAAGAUUAUACUUCUGAACUGAGAUUUUAUAAGUUGACUUUCUGCUGUGAACUUACAUGAACUUCUUAAAGUCUAAUUUUGUAAUGAUGCAAACAGGUUAAUUGCAGCAAUUACAAUAUAAACUAAUGCAAAAAAUAUUCAAAUAGUGAAAAGUAAACUUUGUAUUCUGUACAGCUUUUUUAAAUUAAGUUGCUGUAAUUCACACUGCUGUGAUGUAGGUACUGUAAUGUGUGCCUUGUAAAAUAUAUGUACUGUAUGUUAUAUGGGAUAAUAGGUACAAUAACACUGAAAAACUAAUAAUUUGCUUCUGGCUGGUAUUGCCUAGUCUGAAUUGCUACAUUUGGCAAACAGUUUUGGGAAGGGAAUCACAUUGGCAGGGGCAUAACAAUGGAUUCCAGAAGCUAGACAUUGAAAAUGUGAAUUACAACAAAUAGCUGUUGAUGAGGGGCAUUAGAAAACUUUCUUGUCUUAGGUGAAGAUUUCUUACAGGUUUAAUGUGAAAUUGUAAUUUAAACAUCCUAGAUUCAUAUUAAUAGCAAAGGACAUUUCAGUAUAUUAAAUUUUAUGUAUAAAUUGUGCAAUAAAGUUACUUUGGAAGGAAUGCAAA